UUUAUUCAGCAGCGGCAGAGAGGCGAGCGCGGCGCACGAGACUGGAGGCAAGAGGAGGAAGAGGCGGCGCGACUUUGCUUUUAGCAGUUGACAGAUUUGCAAUUGGAUUUGUUUGAAUUUAGUUGCCGUUCCGGAGCAGAGGAGAGCGCGAAAGGGAAGAGCAUUAACAGCGAGGAUAGAGGAGAGCUCAGCCGUGUGUGCGCGCUCUUUGCCCGCAUAGAUUUAAGCCGCUUUUUAUUGUUUUUCGCCCCCUCGAUUUUUCUUUUUUUCCCCUUUUUUCUUUUUUUUCUACCCCUCUUUUUCUUCUUUCUCGCAUGGAAUUGAUCAAAGGCAACAAACGCGGUGUGAUCGCGAUUUAUUUGCGUUCCAGCUCAGCCCGGAAAGGGGGUUCUCGUCGUGUUUAUCGCGUUCCGUGUGUGAAUUAUUAUUGAUAACAGGACAGAGGAAAGAAAGAAAAAAUUACGUGCAGGGAACAAUCCAUCUUUCCAGCAGUGGUGGUGGGGGGGUUCUUUAUUUGGGGUGGGUGGGGGGUGUCCAUCGAGGUGCAGGCUAGUCAGCCGCGCGUUUCAAAGCCAUUUCCAGGAGAAGCUGUGAGCGGACCGGAGCGUGCAGCCCUGCUGGAGCCGAGGACGGACCGCCCGGGGAAGGACUCCUCGUUCCUCAGGACGAUGGUGUUGGACAAGGAGGAGGGUGUGCCGAUGCUCUCUGUCCAGCCCAAAGGGAAACAGAAGGGGUGCGCUGGCUGCAAUCGCAAGAUUAAAGACCGCUACCUGCUCAAAGCCCUGGACAAAUACUGGCAUGAGGACUGUCUCAAAUGUGCCUGCUGCGACUGCCGCCUGGGGGAGGUGGGCUCCACCCUGUACACGAAAGCCAACCUCAUCCUCUGUCGCAGGGACUACCUGAGGCUCUUUGGUACAACAGGGAACUGUGCAGCCUGCAGUAAACUGAUCCCAGCCUUUGAAAUGGUGAUGAGAGCCAGAGAUAAUGUUUACCAUUUGGACUGUUUUGCCUGUCAGCUUUGUAACCAGAGGUUUUGCGUCGGGGACAAGUUUUUCCUAAAAAACAACAUGAUUUUGUGUCAAAUGGACUAUGAGGAGGGCCAGCUGAACGGGAGCUUUGAGACACAGGUUCAAUAGUUGGAACCUCGAGGCAGCAACAAUCGGCUCUACACUUUACACACAAGAUGGAUGUUCUGCUGCACUUGGAACAAGACAAGCGUCCGUCUGCUUGCCUGCAAUACUUUUUAAGACCCCUUUAUCAGUCCCUAAGGACUCUAUUGUAAAUGUUCAACUUUUUGCCCCUUCCACACACACCCCACCUCCCCAAACACUGAGCAGUUACAAAUUUUGAUGUACAGUUGUGCCUGCUAAGCUGAGCACUGUAUUGCUUGUAUGUUUUGUGAAAUUUGUUUCUUUUUUUUCUUUUUUUUUUUUAGUUUCUUUCUUUUAGAAAUGGUUCACUGGAGGGUAUGUACAGUCUGUUUUCUCUGUAUAUAUAAACUGGAACAUUUAUUUUAUGAAAUGUAAUGCAAUUUUAUUACUAGUGUGAAUUAAAGAUUCUUAAAUGUU